AUGACAAUUAACACAAAGAACAUAGUUGUUGUUGGUGCUGGUGUGUUUGGUGUGUCUGUGGCAAAUCACUUGUACAGGGAACUGGGUGGGACAUACGCAAUAAAGCUCGUCACAGCAUCUAAUUAUGUGUAUUUUCUACCCUCAGCUGUCCGUUUGACGGUUUCAAAGGAUUAUACCAAGUCGAUCCUGCCGUUAAAAAAUGUUCUUGAUAGUGGUAUUGAAGUUAUCAAAGAUACGGCUGCCAGCUUUGAUGAUAAGGAGGUAGUUUUGGGGUCAGACAGGGCCAUAAAGUUUGAUAUCUUGGUUCUUGCAACUGGCUCAAAGUGGGCUGAUCCAAUUGGUUCAACUUAUACCUUCGGGGAUAACUAUAAAGAGUAUUUUGAAAGAGAGGCUUCUCGAAUCUCAGAUGCAGAUCACAUACUUUUUCUUGGCGGUGGCUUUGUUAAUUGUGAACUAGCUGGUGAAUUGUUAUUCAAGUAUUUGGAGGAGAUCAGGUCUGGCAAAAAGCGUAUUUCCAUUAUUCAUAAUUCCGAUAAGCUACUGCCGGACUCUGGGUUAUACAACGAUACCCUAAGAAAAAAUGUGACAGACUAUCUCUCAAAAAAUGGUAUUACGUUGUACUUGAACACAGUAGGGGCUUCUUUAGACACCUCGCCGAAACGUAUUUUUCUAGGUGAGGGCUCAUCUAAAUAUAUAGAUGCUGAUUUGAUUUACAGAGGCGUUGGUAUUUCUCCAAAUGUGCCGGUCAACAGUAUUUCAGACCUUUGUGACAAGAAAGGGUUCAUUCAAGUUGAAAAAAACUUCAGGGUAAAAGCUGUUGAGGCAGGAAACGUUUUUGCCAUUGGUGAUGUAACGAAUUUUAGAUAUCACGGAUUGGUUAAAAGAGAUAAUUGGGUUGAUGUUUUGACCCGAAAUGUUAUAAGUUCUUUACAAGAAGGAACAGAGGCUAGUCUCGUUGAUGCAGAUUGUCUUGAGACAGGACAUGCCCCAAGUGGUGUCUCCCUUGGGCCAAAUGCAGGGUUUGGCCAAUUUCCACUACCGUUACUUGGGACGAUUAAUAUUCCAUCGUUUUUAAUUUCUAGAGCAAAGUCGAAGAAUCUUUUCUCCGACAAAAUGGAACCUUUAUUCAAAAAAUAG